AUGCCCUCCUCGCCACCAUCGGAGGCGAGACGCUCCUCGUGGAGCUUCCAUGCAAGCGUCCUCCUCCACUCGUUGUCCGUCCCCACGGAGGCGGCAAUCGAUAAGCUCUCGGGUGGCGGCGGCGCCGCGCAACGCCGGCCACCUCUCCACCGCCCUGAUGAUGAUGCCGACCUCUGCAGCAGUUCGCCGGAGCCGGCGCCGCGAGAAUCUCCCGCCGGUCUGAACUCCGGCGAACCACGGUCUCCUGUUUUCAUGGCAGGUUUGGAGCGCCGCCCCAUUUGAGGAAGCUCUACACCCUCAACACAGGAAACAACCUUGAAAUCAUACCCCACGAUGCUCUGGUUCUCGGGCAGCCUCUCCUUCACUGGUUUGAUACUCGGGAGCUUAAUGGCAGGCCCCGACGAGUGCUCCGGCGAAUUCUCCGGCGCAAAGUGAGCGCCUUUGGCCUCAACGCAUGGUACUAUUCUUAGAUCAGAAGGCGAUUCUACACGGGGGAGAUCAUCUGAGUCUUUGGCCUCGAUCGUCUGAGUCUUGAGCUCCAGGGCCAGUCUGACGGGGAUUUCCUCCACCUCGUACGUCAUGGCCUUGUACAGCUUGCCGAUGGCUUCCAGCGCUUCUAAGACAAUUCUCUUAUUUUCUUCUUCUUCUUCCUUCUCCUGUACAUCAUCAUCGUCUCCCAUGGCCCCUGGUCCUUCCCAGCAAGCCUGGAGCUCCGUGUCCGGCCUCCAGUUCAGCGCCUGUAGAACAAAGUGGAUGGUUUUUCCGCAGAAGACCGGCGACGAGGAACGACCGGUGAAGCAUGGGAUGGCCGUGGAGAGGGAGAGGAGAAGGAUUGAGGUGGUGAAAAGGAGGGGCGAGAGGAAGCAGACGACGGCGAAGAGGUAAGGGGAGAAGAAGACGACGUAGGCGAGAUAGAUGGGGUGGGAGACGGCGAUGGAGUAGAUGGAGAAGAGGUCUUCCAUGA